AUGUCUAUCCCUACGAUCAAAGUCCUGGGUGUGUCUGUGGCGGCGGCGUCCGGGUCGCGUGAUGACAAGAAAGUGUAUUCUCGGUCGACUUUGAGUUUGCAUGGACGGGUUACUGUCUUUAAUCAAGAUGGCUCUUUCGACACAGUCCGCGUUCGGCUACAGGGCGCAAUUCGCACCAAGAUAGGGUCGCAGGUUGCGGUGGAGAAGAUUCCUGCCACCAGCGUUACCAAAACACACCUCGAUUUCAAGCCCGUGUAUUCCGCCACUCGACAGCGGACCGAAGAACAAUAUCUGGAAUUUACAUGUGCUGUUCCGACGCCCAGAGACGGGGCUCCGGAAGCAUUCGUACCUUCAAUGACGCUGUCCGGCACCACAUUUCUCACCAAAGUUACAGCGCUGACGAACAGAGAACUGUUGGAAGGCUCCUGCGAGGUGCUUUAUACUCUCGAGGCUGAGUUCCUGCGAUCGGAGACAAAUCAGUUGGUACGCAGGAUCAGUUGUCCGGUCGACAUCCCAUCGAGCCUGGCUCCUCUGGAUGUCGAGGUGACAUCCUCAGGUACAUCCGACAAAGUCGAGGAAGUUGCAAAACCGCAACUGCGGUCCCUGAACAGAUUCCUCGGGUCCCAGUCGCAGCCAGGACUUUCGGUCGAGGUGCCAAAGAUGCUUGGAUGCAUCGUUUCUGACGCCUCGACUGUAUCCACCGGCUGCCGACGGCUCACGGUGCCCGUCUUUGUCAACGUCUCGCGGCCGUCAAACGUUCGGCGGCAGGCGCAAACCCUCUUGGAAAACGAACACCUGAAACUCUCCGUAAAGGCGCAGUGGUUAACGAGGAGGACCUUCACCACCGGUUAUUCUGCCGUGGAAUCUACUGUCCACAGCGAUCGGGUCUCAACUCAAAACUACGCUGUUUCCCUGCCACCGCUGUACGAGUCCAGCGCCGAAAGCUCGAAAUACACAACCACAGUCGAGCUGGAUCUCCUGCUGCCCGAAUCCAUCCUGACUCCGACCAUCUCCACGGACAUCCUGGAUAUCAACCACACACUCAAUCUCAGCAUGAAGAUUGAGGCCAGCGAAAACGGUUCGUUGAGGAGUCCACUUAUCGCCAACUUCAGUCUGCCGGUCGCACUUGGUGCUACGCAGGCAGAUUCGAUGAUAAGCCGUCGCACCUUCGACCCACUCCUGGGACUUGUUGAGGAGCAAUCGCUUUUCGCUCCGCCACCCUACGUGUACUAA